AUGGCAUACCGCCAUCAAGGCUAUGACCAGCCCGAGUCUGGGCCCGAGUAUGUGAGUUGCUCCGUCCCGGACCCAGAGCUAGUAGGAACCCGCCCGCCGACGGCCAUCAUCCGGCCUUUCCCCCUUUACGCUAUUGGCUGCGCCGCUGCUUGCUUUGGCGUCACCGGUUCGAUCGCUCCCCGCCGUACUCAACCGAGUCAACCCCUUGCCACCCUCGGCCCGCGCUGAGAAGAGCAAUGUCCAUUGUAAAUACAAGCUGAUGCACUGUUGAACUAUACAGGGUGCCUUCUUUCGGUCCAACAACCGAGCGCCUGCAGGAGGGCAGUACGGGCUCUCGUCGCCCACCCCCGCCUCCGCCAUUUCGAACGGCGGGACAGGCACCAAUUCGAACGCCUUCACCUCGUCCAACGGCACCACCGGAGCGAGCUCAUCAUCAGCGACCCCGCCCUCGUCGUCCUCAUCAAGAGUCAGAGGCGCACCCCGCCUCGGUGGCUUGGGGUUGGGCGGCAUCGGCGCCAAUGUGAACAAGCCGUCCCCAGGACCACUAGUCGCCAAGUCACUGCCGAUCAACUCGGAGCGCGCCAAAAGCUCAGCUUCCGCGAGUUCGGGAGUCCCCUCUUCGCCUUCGAGGGUCCCCAACUCUUCCACUCCUUCAUCUCCAAACGGAGAUUCGGGAAGUGGACCCGUUUACGCCAAAAGCCAAGGGUUCCCUUCCAAAUCGCGCAAGGAAAGCUCUCGGAAGCGAGCCACCUACACGGCCAACUCGGACCAACGCCCUAAGCAGAUCCCUGCGGGUCUGCCAUCUCAAUCAGCAGCGAAUGCGACCGUCGAGCGACCGUUCCUUUCACCCGAAAUGACCAAGCCCAGCGUCAGGUCGGAAGCCUUUGCUCUAGAUCGACCGACACCGGACUAUGGAGUAGCUUCGACGCAUGCCGACGACUCAUUCGAGGGAGAAGAGCUGUCUCCGACCGUCGACGGGUAUGACGAAAACCAUUUGGCCGAUGACAAUCUGCGAACUUUAGUACGAGGUAUCGACUCGCCCGAUUCUUCGAUAGAGGCCGGGUUCAGUCACUUCACCCAAGCUAUUACGAGCGUCCCCGUUUCGAAGUCAUCCUCGACGGCAUCCCAGUAUUCGAGCCACAAGCUGGCUGAAGCCGCCCCGGUCGAGUCGCGUGCUCGACAGACAUCCUCGACGUUCACCACGACCGACGACGACGCCUCGAGCGAGUACGACAAUUCCCACGACUCGGCGUCCUUGUAUCAGGAAGCAUCACCAACCAUCGAUGAGAAGUCGGCUCUUGCGGAGAAAGAUGGUCUUGGGAGCCUAGCUGAGCGUGCCGUGUCCCCACCGCCGGUCGUCACCUCGAUGGACUCGCCGCGAUCGUCCUUCACGGAAAGCGAGCUUGCAGGACCCACUUCCACUCUAACCAUCGAAUCGCAGAAGCUCUCCGACUCCGAGGCCGAAGCCGUGUGUACGGGCGACAGCGUUGUCGAACCCGAGGAACGCUCGAGCGAGAAAGUCGACCGUGCUCAAUUGGCCCCUUUGCAGCCACCGCCACAAGUACCUCGCUCUGUUUCCCCAGACACCUUGGAUGCCAAUCAGUCUGGGGCGUGGUCCUCUGCCGUGUUAUCUAGUCGCUCGACCUCGAGGAACUCUUCCAACUCGCGAAAGAAGUCGUCCGAGGCCCCACCGCGGCCCAAGAGGUUGCGAGCUCCAGGGGCCAAAACCCCCCUGCUCGGCGCGUCACCUGCUCUCAGCGAUGGAUCGUUCUCGGAUUUGUCGCCCGCCACCAGUCGUGAAAGUGAUCCUUCACCUUCGCGCAAGCCGUCUCCCAGCGUCGAGUCUCAGCUUGUAGUCGAGCCAAAAGCCGAGCCUGCACCGUCGCAAGCAGUCAGUGCCAGUCUUGACCGACCCUCACUGUCGACGGCUUCCUCGAGCGCGACAAUACACACCUCCGCUGAGCCGACCUCAACGACUGUGCCUACCGGUGGCUCGAGUGAAUCGGCCUCUUCGUAUUCGUACGCCGGCCUCGGUCUUCGAAUGCCCUCGACGCUCAGCCGAACCUCGAGGCGUACCUCUAUGCAAGCUGGUUCAGUUGCGCCUGUCGCGACCCCAGCAGCGUCCGCAGUGGCUACGCCUGCACCCGUGGUUGUCCAGCCUCCCAAGGAAGUUUUAGCCACGUUUGCCUCCCUCACUGCACCUCAAGCUUCAUCGGAUCUGAAGCGUGAGAUGCAAGCACAACGCGAGCGGGAGACUCGUCGCAAGGAAGAGGAGGCUGCUUCUGCCGCCGCCACCGCCGUUUCGGCUCGUCUUGCGUACCCCGAGCCCUCCUCAGAAGAGGAAGACGAGGAGGAUGAUGAGCGCGAUUUCGGAUCGGCCGACCAGACCUUCGCCACCCCUCGCCCGAGUAUCAGCAACGAUGCAGAAUCUGACUCUGGCACGCGCACCCCGACCAUCAAUGUCUUCUCAGUGUCCCCGUCCAAUUCGACCAAAAGCACAAUCACACUUCCCGAGGCAAGUGCGACGGUGGAGGAGGCGAACCCCGAAGCUCAGUCGGCAGAUUCUUCGAAUGCCACUGGAGAAGCCGGCGGAAGUACGGCGACUGACAUUGGCGUAGCAGCGGUCGGAGCCCUUGUGACUGGUAGCCUGGCCGUUGGGUACACAGCCUGGCGCGGUCUCGGCGCUGUUGCGAGUUGGGGAUGGGGAACGGCGGGACCCAAGUCACGAGCCGCACCGAAGGAAGAUACUGCUUCGCCGGAGACUUCCGACAACGAAACCGACGACCUGCCUGGCGCUUUUGGGACCAAGGGCCGGAACGGACCACUCACGACCGUCGAAUCGGAAGGCAACGGCGACUCCGAGAAGGCCUUGUUCUCAAACGAAGGGGAAAUCGAUUACUCGUCUGCCAGUGCACGCCGAAGACAGAGGCUCCAAGCCGAACAGGCCGGGCAGACAGAAGGAAUGGCUGUGGCCGAGGAAGUCGUCGUGAUCGAUGGUGCGCGCCUCGUUAGCUCACCCAACGCCAAGACGGAAUGGGGAGACCUCGAGUUUCCGGCGCCCGAAGGUCAGUGGUUUCUAAGGAAUCUCCUUGCUAUAAAAAUGGGAAGCUUAG